AAAACCUAAUUUUAUCUAUUUGACUGAAGAUUAAAAAUGGAAAUGAAAAGCCUUAUAAGCCUGUAAACCUGUAAACCUUGUAAACGAAAACCAAUCCCACGAUUCUCCAAUCUCAAGUCUCUCUACGGCAGUACUUGAAGAAUCUCUUGAUCGAUAGUUGGAGGGGAUACGACAUUGCUUGGCGAAUCUCAAGACUGAAAUCGAAAUAAGAAAUUGAGUCAGCAAGAUAAAGGGCUUCGUUGAUCAGGACAAAGGGACACAUGGCGGAUGAAUUCUGGGGAGUGUUGUGUUUUUUCCAUGGCGGGACAUUUGUUCCAGGACCACCAAUUCAGUAUAAAGCUGCUCAAUGUACAGCAUUACCCUUUGACAUGGAUAGGUUAAAUGUUGGUGUGAUCAUGGAUACAAUUGUUAGUUUUGGCUAUGAAGAUGUUAUGAUUAAGAAUGUGUAUUACACAACAAUUGGAGGAAGUGUUAUGAAAUUGAAGUGUUUGGCUGGUGAUGACAGUAUUAGGGACAUUUUGCGCAUGGUGCGUGCUGAGGGUUGUGUUGAUAUAUAUGUUGAUCAUGAGGUCAAUUUUGCCCAACUUGCUUUUCCACAAUUAUGUUGGGUUGGUAACAAUGUAGUUGAGGAGGGAGGCAGACAUGAAGAAAGGGUAGAUGAAGAGGAAAGUGGACAUGAAGAAAGGUUAGGUGAGGGUAUUGAUGGUGAGGUUAGUGGGGGAGUAGAUGAAGGUGACUUGGGUAACAUAACCCAAGAGUACCCUAUUGGCAGUAAGGGUAAUAUUGGGAAUACAGUUGAGAAAGGUGAAUGUAGUAAGGGUAAUAAAGAGGUUUUGCCACUUAUAAAUCAUGGAUAUUGUGCGAGACACCUAUACUGCAACCUUGCAAAGAGGCACAGAGGGGAUGAUAUCAAACUGGCCUUUUGGAUAGCUGCAAGGGCAUCAUACCAAAUUGAAUUUCUGGAGAAAAUGGAAGAGUUGAGGGGAGUAUCCGAGGAAGCUUAUGCUGAGAUGAUGGAUCUGCCAGGAAGGUUUUGGUGCAAGGCAUUCUUCGAUGAAGACUGUAAGUGUGAUGUUGUUGAUAACAACAUGUGUGAAACAUUCAAUUCAUGGAUUUUGGCUGCUAGGUGUAAGGCAAUCAUUUCUAUGAUUAGAGCUUUAAUUGACCAGUUGAUGGAGAGAUUCAGGGAAAAAAGAUUGUUUGCAGAGACAUGGCCGAAUGAUAUUGCACCUAGAGUCAUGAAAAAGAUAAAGGAAAAUACCGUGAGGUUAAUGCAGUGCUAUGUUAAGUGGAAUGGGGACCCUUCAUUUGCUGUGUGUGAUACUACUGCUGAUGUGACACAUGUCAUUGAUUUCAUAGCAAAAAAUUGUUCAUGCAGAGAAUGGAAUUUAACUGGAAUCCCCUGCCCUCAUGUCUUGGCAGUUGUUAGGUACAUGAAUUGGAAUUAUGAAGAUUUUGUUCAUGAGCACUAUAAGAGGGAAAAGUACCUGCAAGCUUAUGGGACUGCAUUGGAGUGCCUUAGAGGCAAUGAGGUCUUGAAGAGGAUACCAGAAGGAGGUUGUUUACCACCAGUGUUGAGAACACCAGCAGGACGACCAAGGAGGAAUAGAAGAAAAGAUAAGCAUGAGCCUAAGAAAGUUAAGGUGGGGAAAUUCACCAGGUUGUCCAAGCAUGGGUCUGUGAUGAGUUGUAGCUUGUGCCGUCAACAGGGACACAAUAAAGCUGGAUGUCCCAGAAAGGAGGAGUUAGUAGGGACCAGUCAAAGCAAUCAUCAAAAGAAAAAGGCCAACCAAAAACCCAAGGUGACUACAAGAAAAGGAAAAGGGAAGAAGGUGCAAGAACAAACUGAAAAAAUUGCCAAAAAAUGGGUGAAUGAUGCUAAAGGCAAGGAACCACUUAAAAGGGAAACGAGGGCCAAAAGAAAGAUUGAUUGUGUUGGAGGAGUGGUCAUCAAUGAAGGCAAAAAUGACUCAAGAAAGAAGACAAAGCAAUCAUCUGUAAAGGGAAAAGAGAAAGCAUGACUCAAUGUCAUUUUAUAUUUUCUUGUUUUGGGGAUGUACUUUGAACUUUUGUAUGUAUAUGUCGGUGGUUUGUAAUCACAUUUGACAGUUGGUUAUUAUGCCUUGUUUUGGGGAUGUACAUGUGGUUAUAAUGCCUUGCUUUAUUAUGUCUUGUCUUGCUUUAUUUCAAUGGCAUUAUAUUCAAUCAAAUUUGCUUGUGUAG